AUGGGAUUCUCCAUCACUUGUUACUUGACUCGCUUGCUUCCGGCCACUUCCCCGAAUCCCAAGUUCCGUCUCAGGUGGUUCACCCCUGUCGCCGAGUUUAAUCUCUGUGGUCACGCGACAUUAGCAGCCUCCCAUACCCUUUUCGCGAACGGAUUCGUGGAAUCCGACACGAUCGAGUUCGAAACAAUGUCCGGAAUUCUUACUGCCAGAAGAGUUGUUGGUGCUGCUGCUGCUACAGGGGAAGCCAAUAAAGAUAGCUUCCUCAUUGAACUGAAUUCCCCUAUAGUCCCAAUUACAGAGUUCAACGACUAUGUCACCGCCGCGGCGGAUGGUGACAUUGCUACCAUCUCCAAGGCAUUCAAUGGUGCUUCGAUUGUGGACAUGAGACGGACCACCACUGCAGAGGAUCUCUUUCUGGUGUUGCCGUCUGGUGAAGCUGUGUUGGAAUUGGAGCCGAAUGUCGACGAGAUAAGGAAGUGUCCUGGAAGGGGAAUCAUCGUCUCCGGUGCAGCUCCGUCCGGGUCUGGAUUCGAUUUCUACAGUCGAUACUUCUGCCCCAAGUAUGGGAUCAAUGAGGAUCCAGUUUGCGGCAGUGCUCAUUGUGCAUUAGCACCCUACUGGAGCAAAAUCCUGGGGAAAUCUGAUUUCUUGGCGUAUGCAGCGUCACGAAGGAGCGGAGUGCUCAACGUUGGUCUCGACGAGGUCAAUGAGAGGGUGAUGCUGCGAGGGAAAGCCGUCACUGUUAUGAAGGGAUUUGUUCUUGUGUGA